AUGCAGACACAAGACGAUGUUCGGAAUCUUCCCAUCGACAUCACCUUCUCUCGUCUAGGAGAAUGGUUGGUGGAUCGGAAGAGAAUUCCGGCGGAUUGGAGGAAGAAGGUGGCGGCGAUCAGAGUCAAAAUCUUAAAAGAGUUCUCUUCUCUGCCUAAAGACAUCGAUCCUUACUUUCAAACGCUAGAUCCUGAAGUGAUUGGUUACUUGGAGGUCAAAAAGAUAUAUGAGAUUCUCCUGAAGGCCACUCCGGAGAGCCGGAACAUCUUCGGCCGUCUUUCGGGUGCUUCUGGCAACUGGGAAGCAAUUGUUCGUGCGUUUGAGAAAGACCACAUUUAUCUCGGAGAGGCAGCUCAGAUAAUAAUUCAGAAUGUCAAUUACGAAAUCCCGUAUCUGAAAAAGCAAGUGCAAAAGGUUCAGCAACAAAUGUCGGAACUUGAUCGUAAAGAAGCUGAUAUCAAAAGAAGCGUUACACUCUCAGCAACCAAAUAUGAGGAGGCUUGCCGAGAGCUUGGAUUGCAGGGAAACAAUGUGAGGCGUGAACUUUUGGAGACUGCGAAUUCGCUUCCUAGUACCUUUGCCAAGAUUCUUGAAGUUAUCAACAGUGACUCUGUAUCAGGGGCAAUGGAGUACUACUCCGCCUAUGUUAAAGAUGUUCAUACUGAGAAAGAUAAGCCUUCGAGGGUUGUCCUGCAAAACUUAAAAGACAUUCGUGAAAAUCCUCCGUCAUUAAGUGUUUUGGGGGUCUCUGACGCUCUUGAUGCUGAUAAUAUUCAGUCAUCUGAGAAUGCAAAUGGUACAGAUGCGGCUGCAGACAGCAUUGACUGGGACAUUACACUUGACACUGCUGAGAUAGAUUGGGAUGUUAGCAUGGUAGAAGAAGUUGAUAAUGGAAACGACCUAGGUUCAUAUGAAAUUGUGAAUGCCAGUGAUAUUCCCGAGAAUUCUGCAUUUAAAGUGGAAGAAAGCCAAGGCCCUGAGGUCGAUGUUUCUGAGAUUUCUUGGGAUGUAAGUGUUGAAACACCUCAGGUAGAAGAAAUUGCUGAACCAGGGUUGGAGAAUCAGACACAGUUGACAGAUUGCACAACUCAAGUCGUAGGGAGUGGAGAAGAGAGGAGUCAGCUGUUGGAGACAGAGUAUAGGAACAAGAUCCUUGAUGAUUUGUAUGAGGUCAAGGCGUUUUUGAACCAGCGUUUGAUAGAACUGAGAAACGAAGAUACUCUGUCCUUGCAACACCAUGUGCAAGCAGUUGCCCCCAUGGUUCUUCAGCAGUAUUCUCCUGAAACCAUUGAGCCAAUGGUGGUUGAUAUCUCCAUGGCCAUCUCAUUGCUAACAAACAAGAAAACUCGGGAUUUGAUCAUGAUUCUCAACUCCAAAAGGUUCCUAGAGAGGCUUGUUUCAGAGUUGGAAGAGAAAAAGCACCGUGAAGUGAAGUUAAGAGAGGGCGUGAAAGAUGUGGGAAGAAAACGCAUGGAGCUUCAGAAUUCACUCUCAUCUAUAUGGCCAAAACAGGAAGCUGCCCUUGCGAAAACAAGAACACUGAAGGAUCUAUGUGAGACAAGUCUCUCUUCCAUAUUUGACGGCAGACCUGUGAAUAUAAGAGGAGAGAUCAAUACAUUGUUGAACGCUGGGGUUUCUUCUGCUUAG